AUGGCAUACUUCAAGUCAAAGCGGAUCGUCCUGCUGGGAAAAACUGGCUAUGGGAAAAGCAGCCUUGCUAACAUCAUACUUGGAGAGAACUUGUUCACAGCACAUCAUUCUUCUGUUUCUGGAACUGCCACAUGUCAAGCUGAAACCAGAGAUGUCAGUGACAGAAAGAUCACUUUGGUCGACACGCCUGGUUUGUUUGAUACAGAAAGGUCAGAGGAGGAUUUGAAGCCUGAGAUCAUGAAGUGCAUUACAGAGUGUGCUCCUGGAAUUCACGCCUUUCUCAUUGUGCUGAAAGUUGAGAGAUUCUCAGAGCAGGAGCAAGCCGUCAUCAGCAGAAUAUAUGAGUAUUUCUCUGAAGACGCUCUGAAAUACGCCGUGGUCGUCUUCACUUUUGGCGACCAGCUAGAUGAAGGGAUGAAAAUCGAGGAGUUUGUCAAACACAAUCAAAAGCUGAGAGACCUGGUGAACAGGUGCGGCAGCCGGUGCCAUGUUUUCGACAACAAAUACUGGAACGACAACAUGCUGCAGAACGACUACAGGAGCAACCGCUUCCAGAGGGAAGAGUUACUGAAGACCAUCGACAAGCUAACGGUGGAAAGAAACGGCCAAUGCUACACCAACGACAUGCUGCAAGCUGUGGAGAGAGAAAUCCAGAGAGAGGAGGAGCAAAUCAGGCAGUCAUCUCCAGAAGACCUGCCACCAGAGGAGAUCAGAAACCAGGCCAAACGCCAAGUGGCAUACAGAUUUCUGAUCGACCUGGCAGGGAUCACAACGGGGGCCUUGUUGGGAGCUUUGUUUAGCGUAGUGGCUCUGGUUCCAGUAGUUGCAACGGCUCUCUGGAACCGGAAGUACAUGGUUGCCGUGGACACGGACUAA